GGGUUAAGGUUAGGGUAAGUCUCCUGGAAAUGAAUGUAAAUCUAUGUAGGGACCCGGUAAGUGACAAAAACAACGGUGUAAUAGUGCUACUGCUACUGCUUGUGGGGAAGUAAGUUUCUUAAGUUUACAGAACUAGUCUUCUGCAAUGGGAACCCGAGAUGAUGAAUACGACUACUUGCUCAAAGUUGUACUAAUUGGAGACUCUGGAGUGGGGAAGAGUAACCUACUGUCCCGUUUCACAAGAAAUGAGUUCAACCUGGAGAGCAAGAGCACCAUCGGGGUGGAGUUCGCCACCCGCAGCAUCCAGGUGGAUGGCAAGAUGAUAAAGGCUCAAAUCUGGGACACAGCUGGACAGGAGCGCUACAGAGCAAUCACCUCAGCGUAUUACCGAGGUGCAGUCGGGGCUCUCCUGGUUUACGACAUCGCCAAGCACCUGACAUAUGAGAACGUGGAACGCUGGCUGAAAGAGCUGAGGGACCACGCAGGCAGCAAUAUCGUCAUCAUGCUGGUUGGCAACAAGAGCGACCUCCGCCACCUCAGGGUGGUGCCCACCAAUGAGGCUCGAGCCUUUGCAGAAAAGAACACUCUCUCAUUUAUUGAAACCUCAGCUUUGGACUCCACUAACGUAGAAGAAGCCUUUAAGAACAUCCUCACAGAAAUCUACCAUAUUGUAUCUCAGAAGCAAAUAUCAGACAGAUCUGCGUAUGAUGAUUCUCCAGGCAACAAUGUAGUGGACAUAAGUGUUCCCCCAACCACGGAUGGGCAGAGGGGCAACAGAUUCCCUUGUUGCCAAAGCCUGUGACACUUGUAUAUUCCUUUCCUGUGUGACUUUUUGUCAGCCUUUCCUCUUUUCAGUCAGUCAUGCUUGCUCAACAUGAUAAUCUCAGAAGUCUCUGAUCCAAUAUCCUGUAGUUGACAUUCCUUUUCAGUGGUUUCUUCUUUGUGUUUCUUCAUUGCUGUAAUUUGGGCGGAACCCCUGUCUUUUGUACCUUAACAGCCUUGUGAAGUUAAUCUUUAAGAUGUUGUAAACUGCAGUUUCUUUUUAAUUUACCAGCCUUUAUGGUCCUAUUGACCUGCUCCUGGAGGAACAGUGAGGGAUCACUAGACCUGCUGAUCAGUGCUCUGAGUGUGUUCUGCUUGCCUCCUUUCCUCAGACCUGUGACAUGAUCUACUACAGUGAGAUCCCAGUUUUGUGUGGAUAACCUGAUUCUGCUUGUCAUGUAAUACAGUUAUAGAAGAGGAGCUGAGGAGAAUAUAACUUUGGAGGAUUGAUGCAUACUCACUGUGGAGUUUCUGGCCGCCUCUUUCAUUUUGUUUCACUUCUGAGCCCUGUGCCCACUGUGGCAUGAAAUUAGCAUGAGCCAGAGACCAGACUGGCUGUGACUGUCUGACUUAAGUCAUGGGCAAGUGUGAAACAGAUUAAGUGUUUUUAUUUGUAUUUGUAAGUGUUUAGUGUGUUAAUCUUAGUGCACAGAGAUAUCAAAGAAGAUGGAUACAAUCAAUAUCAGUUUUGGGUUUUCUCAUUUGUUCAAGGCUACUAAAUUUGCAAAUCAUUGCUGUAUUUGACAUUCCAGGCUUUUUGAAAGAAAUGUGUAAAAUGCUGUAUAGCAAAAUACUGUUCUAGAUUAUGGUGAAUGAUUUGUUAUUUGUGAAAUAAUCAGGAACAAGCUCAGUGUUUAGUUCCUCUUUUGAGUUUGCUUAGCUUUCUUGCACUUAUGUCCAAUAAUUUCAGUGGAGCAAAUCAUCUGAUGUUUUUUAAAUACACUCAGCAUCUUUAACAAGUGACAUUUUUGUGUUUCUAAGAGAAGCCAUGUUAGUGGAAAUUACAAAAAUGCGCUUUGUGGUUUCCUUUCAUAUGUUCCAGCAACCUUUGCUGGCAUGUGAAUGUGAUAUCUGUUAAAGGAAAUGGAUAAAGCUGUGUAAUAGCGUUUCAAUUGAAAUUCAACAAAUUGAAACCACAAAUGGUUGUUGGUUGGGAAACUGGAACUGAAAAUCAGAAAUGUAAUUUGUCUCUGGUGGUUGGCUGUGAAACCCCCUCCACCCAUCUGCUAGAAUGUUUUCAAGUGUGAUUGAUUUGACACAUUAAACUACAUUGCUGUUCAAACUAA